AUGCUCCAAGCAGCACGUCGAGCCGCGGGACGCGCUCAGACAGGCAGUGUUCCGGCGCUUUGUGCCACGAUGGCCUCGCUGCACAAGUCGCCCGCUGGGGGCAUCACAGAGCUCAUUGGGAACACGCCCGUCGUCAAGCUGAAGAAGCUGUCUCCCGAGGGCCGCGAGGUGUUCGUGAAGCUCGAGAACCAGAACCCGGGCGGCAGUGUCAAAGAUCGCCUCGCCCUCGGCGUGAUCAAGGACGCCAUCGCGAAGGGCGAGCUCAAGCCGGGGCAGACCGUCGUAGAGGCCACCUCGGGGAACACCGGAAUCGGUCUUGCGCUCGUUUGCGCCGAAUACGGCCACCCGCUCGUCGUCACGAUGGCCGAGAUCUUCUCGAUCGAGCGGCGCAAGCUGAUGCGCGCGAUGGGCGCGAAGGUCGUGCUCACCCCCGCGUACGCACGGGCCGCGGGGAUGGUCGACAAGGCCACCGAGCUCGCGGAGAAGCACGGGUGGUUCCUCACGCGCCAGUUCUUCAAUGAUGCCAACUGGAAGUACCACUACGACACCACGGGCGUCGAGAUCUGCGACAUGUUCGAGAAGGACGGCCUGGACUACUUCCUCGCGGGCUGGGGCACCGGCGGCACCAUCCGCGGGUGCGCCAAGCGCAUCAAGGAGCGCAUGCCGGCCACGAAGGUCGUGGCCUCGGAGCCCGAGAACGCCGCGCUGCUGUCGAGCGGGAUCAAGUCCGAGUGGGACGGCGAGCAGCUCCGCGCGCCGCACCCGACCUUCAUGCCGCACCCGCUACAGGGGUGGGUCCCGGACUUCAUUCCGCCGGUGGUCGAGGGCGCGCGCUCCGAGGGCCUCAUCGACAUGGUCCGGACCGUCAAGGGCGCCGCCGCCAUCGAGUACGCCAAGCUCCUGGCGCAGCAGGAGGGGAUUUUUUCCGGCAUCUCCGGGGGCGGGAACGUCGCCUGCGCCAUCGAGCUGGCCAAGGCGAGCCCGCCGGGCACGCGCGUCCUGACCGUCAUCCCCGACACGGGCGAGCGGUACCUGUCGACGCCGCUCUGCAGCGACAUCCCCGAGGGCAUGACGGACGAGGAAAAGGCGAUUUCCGAGUCCACGCCGCUCGCGGUGUUUGGCAAACCGCCGCCGCCGCCCAAGCCCGCGGCGGCCGCGGCGGCCGCGGCCGCGGCGCCGGACGACCCGAGCUACGACGCGGCGGCGUUUUGCAGGGAGGCGGCGGCGUCGGCGCCGCUGGUGAUAUUCUCCCUCGAAUGGUGCGAGUUCUGCUGGUCGGUGAAGAACUUUUUGAAGGCGGUGGGCGUCGAGUACAAGGCGGUGAACCUCGACAGCGUGGAGAACAAGCCGCACUUCAAACAGAACCGCGCGGCGCUCAAGGAGCUCGCCAACAGCGGGACGGUGCCGCAGAUCUUCAUCGGCGGGCAGGUCGUCGAGGGGGGCUGCACGGGGACGCUCGACAGCUACACGACGGGCGAGAUGCAGGAGCGGCUGGGGAAGCUCGGCGUCGCGGUGCACAAGGUCGACGGCAUCGACCCGCGCAGCUUCCUGCCGCAGUGGGCGCGGCACAAGGGGUGA